AUGCUGGGGCGGCUAUUGAAAAGUAAACCUCUUGUCACAAGUAUUUUGAGAACAACCGAUUUCUGGAGGUGUCCAUGUACCAAGCACGCUCAGAUAUUGACAAGAAGAACACUUUGUAACAAAGCAGAGGCCACCAAGAAGGUUAUUUCUCAAACAGCUAUUCCAGGCCGUAGCACAUUCAGAAAUGACAGAAGACCUACAGCAUUUGAUAAAAAGAUUUUAUUAUGGGCAGGACGGUUUAAAAAAGAGGAGGAUAUUCCAGCUCUAUUAUUAUCUGAGGUCAUCAAAGCUGCUACGAGCAGAGUGAGGAUUAAAAUGUGCUACGUCACAAUGGCACUGACUCUGCUAGGCUGCUUGGUCAUGAUCCUCUCAGGCAAGCAAGCUGCUAGAAGAGAUGACACGCUGCUGAGGAUGAAUACCGAAAAGAAGGCCAUGUGGAGGGCUGAAGCAGAGACAGAACUGGAGGCAGCUGCAAUGAAAGCUCAGUGA